GCAUCAGCUUGUGGCCCUCUCAGGGUAUAUGAUGCAUUUUGGCCUUAGCUGAGGGGGAGGGAGCCAGAGGGUCCCCUGGGGCCUGGGUGGGGCUGGCCAUAGCUGCGUCUGGCCUGGAGUUUGUGCCCCCACCUUUGCCUGGGUCCUGGACAGCCUGCCCAGUGCAUUUGUCAUCCCCCCGCUGCCACGUGCAGAGCCACGAGUGAGGCUACUUCCCUUCCUAGCUGACCCCCCACCGCACCCACUGGACGCACAUCCUGUCCCUGGACAGAGGGACAGGACAGGGGGCCUUGAGUCCCAGAGGCCUGGGGUCAGACCCACGCUCAGCGGCAGAGGCUGCUGGCAACUGUGGAGGGCUCCAGCCUGCCUUGGCUGACCUGACCGCUGGGGAACCGAGCACCGCCUGGCCUCUUUCCCGUGGCAAGCGCAGAGUUGAAGCGCUGCGGCAUGGCGCGCGGCUGUCUCCAGGGCGUCAAGUUCCUCAUGUUCGCCUUCAACCUGCUCUUCUGGCUGGGAGGCUGUGGCAUCCUUGGUGUCGGCAUCUGGCUGGCUGCCACCCAGGGGAACUUCGCCACCCUGUCCUCCUCCUUCCCGUCCCUGUCGGCCGCCAACCUGCUUAUCGUUACCGGCACCUUCAUCAUGGCCAUCGGCUUCGUGGGCUGCAUCGGGGCCAUCAAGGAGAACAAGUGCCUCUUGCUCACCUUCUUCGUGAUGCUGCUGCUGGUGUUCCUGCUGGAGGCCACCAUCACCAUCUUGUUCUUCGCCUACACUGACAAGAUCGACAGGUACGCCCAGCAGGACCUAAAGAAGGGUCUGCACCUGUAUGGGACCCCAGGCAACGUGGGCCUCACCAAUGCCUGGAGCAUCAUCCAGACCGACUUUCGCUGCUGUGGGGUCUCCAACUACACCGACUGGUUCGAGGUCUACAACGCCACCCGCGUGCCUGACUCCUGCUGCCUGGAGUUCAGUGAGAGCUGUGGCCUUCACGCACCUGGCACCUGGUGGAAGGCGCCAUGUUACGAGACCGUGAAGAUGUGGCUCCAGGAGAACCUUCUGGCUGUGGGGAUCUUUGGGCUGUGCACGGCACUGGUACAGAUCCUGGGUCUGACCUUCGCUAUGACCAUGUACUGUCAGGUGGUGAAGGCGGACACCUACUGUGCGUAGGGUGCCCGCUGCCUGCCACCCCUGCCUCGCUGCCAAAGGACACGGCCCACUGGGAGAUGCCCGUGUCCCCACCUUCCUCUCCUGCUGCAGGAGUCAGCACCAACCCUGCCCCCAGCCCCCCCAAGACCCUCAGCCAGCUGGGCGAGCACCGUGCUGGAGGCGGGAGGGGCUUCUGGCACAUUUCACGUCCGUGUAUUCUCCCGAGCAGUGUCUGCCCCCCUGGCUGGGGUCAUUCACGAGUGGGGAUGGGGGUGAAGGGCUGACCGCUGGUCCUGGUGCUCCAGGUGGGGCUGCCGCCCCACCACCCACAUUCCACAGCGGAGCCUGGGCAGGCUCUGGGUGCAUCUUAAUAAAGUGUGUGGACAGCCCCCC